AUGCCAAUUCGUGAAGUUAAUGUUAAUAGACAGAUUAUUACUUUAAAAGGGAGAGUAAUAGAAAAAAGUAGAACAUUGCAAACUUUGAGGAAUGAUCUAAAAUUCUUCCAUAUAGAUCUCAUUGAUAAAGAUGGAGAUACUAUAAAAGUGAAGUUUUGGCGUAAUAAAGCUGAAGAAUAUUAUAAUAAGAUUGAACAAGGAGAUGUUUAUAUUUUUAAAUGUACAGGAAGUGAUGUAGCUGUUUCUAAUGCUAGAUUUAAUAAUACUUCAAAUCCAUAUGAGAUAAACUUUUCUGAACGCUGUAAGAUAACUAAAGUUGAGCAUGAUGAAACAAUUAGUAAAGAUCCCCAAUACAGAUUUCUAUCUAUUAAAGAUAUUCGUAAUAUGAAUACACCAUGUACUGUAGAUAUUAUUGGUAUAAUUAAGAGCUCUUCACCACUUUCUAAGGUUAUUUCUAGAAGAAAUAAUGAAGAAAUUCCAAGACGUAAUAUAGUAAUUGUAGAUGAUUCUGAAUAUCAAUUAAAUGUAACAUUAUGGGGUGAUCUUGCUUCAAUUGAUGAUGAAAUAUUAUCAAAUAAUCCUGUAGUAGCGUUCAAAAAUCUUCAGAUCCGUGAUUUCCAAGGUAAACAAGGUUCAACAUUAAAUGGUCGUAGUAUGAUAGAUUUUAAUCUUAAAAAUGAUCGUAUGAAUAAGGUUAAGUCAUGGUUUAUAGAAUAUGGUCAAACUACUAAAUUCCAAUCUAUUAAUACAACAGUAAUUCAAUCUAGUAAUUUUCCGAUGGACAAGUUAACUUUAGAAAAGUCUUUAAAAGAAGUAAGAAUUUUAAUGGAUGAAAAUUCUUAUUCCUCUAAUCAGACAUAUUCUGUUUUAGCUAGAAUAUCGAGAAUUGGUUUCCCUAAUUCAAUUGGUCAAAAUAUAUCUGAAAAGAAACCUUCAUUAACAUAUGAUGCAUGUCCGAAAUGUAAGAAAAAAGUUUUAAAUAAUUCUUAUUGUGAAAAAUGUGAUGAGUCUGUUAUUGCGGAUACAAAGUAUAUGUUUCCAGUGACUAUUGAAGAUUAUACAAGUUCUUUGUCGGUUAGAUGUUUUCAUAAUAUAGGAUCAAUUGUUUUAUCUGGUUUAGAAUCAUCAGAAUGUAAACAAAUGGAAUUACGAAAUGAUGUUAAAUUAAAUUUUCUUUUAGGUUUCAAAUAUCUAUGGCAAUAUUUAAAUCUUCGUAUUACUUUAAGAAUGGAAGAAUAUAAUAAUCAAAAAAAGACUCAGGCUAUAAUACAAUCUGCUGAAAUUAUAGACUUUGAUUUAAUUACAAAUAAAAUGCUUGUGAAUCUUAAAAAUAAGCUUGGGAUAUCUAUUAAGCGUGACUCACCUUUUGAAUAUUUAGAUCAUAAUGUAACUAAGAAACCAUUCCACAGUUUAAGUGAAAUAUUCUAA